CAGAAGGUGAAGGGUUUCGGCGGCUCGGUCACUGAUGCAGCAGCUCUGAACAUCCUUUCCUUGCCAGAAACAGCCCAGAAUCACCUGCUGCGCUCGUAUUUCUCUGAUGAAGGGCUGGAGUACAACCUCGUCCGGCUCCCCAUGAUCCCUCUCCUGCACCGAGCCUUGGCCAUGAGCAAGCGGCCGCUGUCGCUGUAUGCCAGCCCCUGGACUUCCCCAACCUGGAUGAAGACCAGCGAGUCCUAUGUGGGGAAGGGCACACUGAAGGGGCAGGCAGGGGACAAGUACCACAAGACCUGGGCCAACUACUUUAUAAGGUAA